AUGGGAUUGACUUCUAAGUUCGACAAGUUGAAACUCCGGGGUUCAGGUGAGACAGAACCAGCACCCGCAAACGUUAACAGUAGCGGAGACACUGACGAUAUCGAUGAACUUGACAAUGACGGCCAAUCGAUCUUGAUGGGGAUUAUCUCCCAAUUGCGCAAAGGUUCUGACUUAUCCAGAAUUUCCUUGCCAACCUUCAUCUUAGAAAAGAAGUCAAUGCUUGAGAGAAUCACGAACUUCUUUCAAAUUCCUGAAAUCUUGCUAGAGGCCGACGAUACAAGCGACGAGUUAGAAAGAUUUGUCUUGAUGGUGAAGUUCUAUUUGGCAUCAUGGCACAUUGCCCCCAAAGCAGUGAAGAAGCCUUUGAACCCUGUCUUAGGUGAGAUCUUCUCUUGUUACUGGGAUGAUCUUCCUGACGGCUCUGACGCUUAUUAUAUUGCGGAGCAAACAUCUCAUCACCCACCAAAGCUGUCUUACUUCUAUUUGGUUCCUGACCGUAAGAUUAGAGUUGAUGGAACACUUAUCCCUAAGUCCAGAUUCCUCGGAAACUCUUCUGCCGCAAUGAUGGAGGGCUGGGCACAUGUGACACUUGGUAAUCAUGACGAAACCUACUUCAUGAAUCAACCCAAUGUAUACUGCAGAGGCAUAUUGUUCGGCAAGUUGAAGUAUGAACUAGGAGAUCAUAUGAUUGUCAAAUGCCCAAAGUCUGGACUUGAGGCGGACAUUGAGUUCAAGGUUAAGGGUAUGAUCAGUGGUACCUAUGAUGCAAUUGAGGGAAAGAUCUACAACCUGAAAACCAAGGAGGUCUUAUACACCAUUUCCGGUAAAUGGAAUGAUGUCAUGUAUAUCAAGAAUGGAGAGAAAGGCUCAGAGUCGAUCUUCUAUGAUACUAAGGGUGCAGUUGCUCACAAGCCUAAAGCCCGUCCUAUUGAGGAGCAAUUGAGCAUUGAGUCGCGGAAACUUUGGGGCCCGACACUUGCUGCGCUCGCAAAAAGAGACCAUGACCUGGCAACUGAGGAAAAAUCAAAGGUUGAGAAUGAACAACGUCAAGCUGUUAAACUGAGAGAGGAACAAGGAAUUGACUUCCAGACGAGAAUCUUCAGACCAGUGAAGGACACAGAAGACGACAUCGAAGACUUGGAAUACAUCAUUCACAAGGAACUCGACUUGGCAGAUUCUCCCGAGAUAUUAAGGAAGAAAAUUCUUCAGGUCUUCCCAUUUUUGCCAGGACAAGAAACUCCAGAUUCUUUAGAAGUUCCUGCUCGUGAGAAGCAGUAA